GUUGUGGAGGCCAAUCCGAACGCCCAAGCAACCAACAGUAAACCUGAAUUUGUACAGUGUCGAAUGAUGUCAAAUGACGAGGGCGGCUGUCGGGCAGGCAACAGGGGCCGGAACAAUGGUGGUCGAAAGGGAGGUCGUGGUGGUAGGGGUCGCCGUGGUGGUCGGCGUUAGCGCGGUGCAGAGCAGAAUCAGGAUACCAUCAACAACAACACGACGUGGAGCAAUCUCAAUCCGGACUACCGACGGUGGCUUAAAGGUGGGGGAUUAGCGGCCAAUCCAACGGAGUUCGGCAAUAUGACCCAUGACAAGAAGGCAGCCUUGUACAAGGUUUUCUCUGACGGAGAAGCAGCAAAAGCACAAGCAGAAGCAGCAAAAGCAGAGGCGGAAGCACGAGUAGCAGAAGCGGCAGCACCAGCACAAGCAUUACCCGAUCAAUAUGCUUCUGUUCUCCUCGAUAUGGCUGUGAGAAACAUGUCAGUCGGCUGGGAGAAAAUCAGCGAGAACCGCACAACGCAUGAGUCGCAAACCGUCAGGAACGAAGCCAUAAGGUUCUAUGGUUUGCAUUCAGAAAACACCUGUCAGAUUCUGGGCGUUGGGACCUUACACGUACAGAACGCCCAUAUUUGGCCUUACAACAACAAAGAGAAUUUGGUUUUGUGUGACUUGAACGAGACGGACAUUGAUAACCCAAGGAAUGUACUCCGGCUCCACAAAGAUAUUGAGCACCAUUUCGACAGGAUGCAUCUCACAUUAGUCCCAGACGGCGACGGUUUCACUCUGAAGAUUUUGGAUCCAACGGUGAAGUCCUCGCCAAUCCAAGAUGCCAAGAGCAACCAACCCAGUACCAUUGGUGAAGUUGAGGGCAAGCAACUCAUAUUGAGCCCCAAACACGGGAAGCCAUGGCGACGCCUUCUUGGCACUCACUCCAUUCUUGCCCAUCGGAAAGCUCGACUGAACCGACACAUUGAAUCAGAAGACCUAAGCGCUGCAGAGGUGAACACAAACGAAUUGAUGAAGUGGUCUUUGGACAGGGAGAAGCAGGAGCAAAUCCAAUUUCUGCUGCGAAGGUCUGCAGUGCAGACUGAAAAUCCCGAAUGA